AUGCCUUGCUUUGCUAUCGUUGUGGCUGAAUGCCUUGCUUUGCGAGAUGGUUUGGCUUAUGAUGUUCACAAUGGAUGGAGUAAAAAGAUGAUUGAAGGUGAUUCUAUGCUUAUUAUCCACUGUGUCAAUCCGGCGGCUUCCAUCCCUCGGAGUAUUAGACUGCUUGUGCAUGAUAUUAUCUUGGUACGCUCCCUCUUUGAGGACGUGGCUUUCAAAAAAGUCUAA